CUGGCCCCGGUGCUCCCUCCCACUUCCUGCUUCUCCACCCACAGCAGACAGCCGCUUUGCCUAGGGCAGUUCUUAGCUGAGUUUUUGGUCACAUUUUGUUGAAAAAUAUAGUACCAGCAAUGUCUUUCUGUUCCAAUGUCUACCGUGUUUUAUGGGAAUUCCUCCCGUCAAGGCCCCUAGACGCCUACAAUGUGUCAACCCCAAAAGAAAAAGCCAAGAACUCACAGGAGGUGGAGGAAGAAGAAUUCGAGGUGAUUGACCUGGACAAUCCCUCAGGAGCAGUGGCCCAGCAUCCUAAACAAGACGUGUCUGGAGAUCUGAGGGAGAAGGAACAGACCCCAAAGAGGCUGAGGCUCAUCCUGGUGGGGAAGACUGGAAGUGGGAAAAGUGCAACAGGAAACAGCAUCCUUGGCCAGGAAGUGUUCCAGUCCAAGCUCAGUGCUACACCAGUGACCAAGACCUUCCAGAGAGGGAGCCGAGAAUGAGCUGGGAAGGAACUUGAGGUGAUUAACACCCCUGAUAUUUUGUCCCUUGGAGUUCCACAUGAAUUGGCAGGUAGGGGCUCCUCGGAAGCCAUCGCCUUCUCCUCCCCGGGACCACACGCGGUGCUCCUGAUGACAGAGCUGGGUAGGUUCAAAAAGGAAGACCAGUUGGUGGUCAGGCGCCUUCAGGAGGUCUUUGGAGUGGGAGUCCUGGCCUACACCAUCCUGGUGUUCACCCGAAAGGAAGACCUGGAUGGUGACUCUCUGGAUGGGUAUGUGAAAGAGACUGACAACCGGGAGCUUGCUACCCUGGCCAAGAUUUGUUCCAUGCGCCACUGUGGCUUCAACAACAGGGCAGAGGGGGCAGAGCAGGAGGCCCAGUUGAAGGAGCUCAUGGAAAAAAUAGACAUGGUCCUGUGGGAAAAUGAAGGCCAUCAUUACAGCAACAAGGCUUAUGAGUUUUCCCAGCAAAACCUUCAUCUCACAGAAGUGCAGGAAGGCCAUAUAAUCCAGGGGCAAGGCUCUGAGGAAGGGCCCAGUGGGGAGAUCUUGGUGGAGGAAUUGUGCCAAAUCCAGAAGGCAUCUGAGGAAACUCACAAAUGUCUCCUGAAGAGGGCACCUAUCUGAGCAUAUGCUGGACUCCACUGAGGGACAGCUGUUUCUUAUUAGCUCCUUUCAUCCCUGUGUCCAGUUUCCAGCCAGUCACUUGUCCUCUCCAUCCCACAGGUCACUGACCAUGCCAGUCUCUAGGUGGUAAGAGAGGGUGGGUUCCUGAGUUCUCAGCUACCAUCCAGGUCCUUCAUUGCAUCUUUCAGUGCACGUGGACCCUCCCUCCUCUCUACUCCCUGCCCCCAGCAUGCUUUCUCAUAUGGAACCUCACAUUGCAUUAGCAUUGCAUUUCUUGAAGUUCUUAUCUUUACCCUGAUAGCAUGAAAGUUCCUGGGGGUAUAUCAUUCUCAUUCUUCCAUGUAACCCCCACAGCAUCUUGGUGUUUGGAGUCACUCCUUAAAUGAUGAUAGUCAAUCAGUGUGGGAAGCUGGUUAGGUUACUUCACACCUCCUGGACUAUGUCCUUGCCCACAAAGAGGCAGGCAUAGUGACCUUUUAAGUUACCUACUGUGUGUGGUAGGGCCACAGCAUGGUAAUGGUUCUGAGACAUGAGAAGAAGGACAACUGCUUGGCUCGAGGGGGAAAGCAGGUAGAAAGAGAGAAUCAGGUAGAAAGAGAGAAUAAGAAAGUAGGAGCUCUUCUACUCACCUCUAAAAAAGGCCAUUGCAUCACAACAAAGGAGCCUGUGGGAACUUCCUGGUAGGAAUGAUGAGCAAAAUGGGGCGGGUUAUCCAAGGAGCCAGACCUGGUCAGGCAGCUGGUCUUUAUACCUGGCUAAGGACAUGGAGGCCUCAAAAUGUACCAAGGGGCUUGGGCAGAGGAGGAACACUUCCCUAAAGCUGACAUAGAUUAGGGAUGUUCUAAUUAGGGUCCCCUCUCAUACAUCUGCCUUCUGAUUGUGGAAAACAAAGAUGACUUUCAGCUUAUCUGCAACCCCUUCCCUUCUCCUUGACAGUGG